AUGUUGGCCAGGACGAGCCUGGAUAUGCUGAUGGUGGAGGUUUCUGAGAAAAGUAUUAUACCUUUGACUGCCUGUGACAUGGAGCAAGAAGGCUGUAACACUGAAACUGUGGAGCAGCAAGAAGCUUUUGAAGAGCAAGAAAGUUUGCAAGAACCAUGCACAAGUAAAGCUACUAAAGAAGGAAGUUUGAGGAAAAGUCAAAGAGUUAAGAGGUUCACUGAAAAGGGCCAAGCACUACAUGAUGAAAAGGUGAACAAGCUUCAAGCUUGCUUUAAAGUUUGUUAUGAUAGGUGGAAAGUUGUUGCAAAACAAGGCAAAAAGACACUUGAGGAACCUGUUAGUGCAAAACUUAAAGAGCUUAUUGACCGAGUCGAAUAUGCCUCGGCAGAAGUGAAACAAGUUUAUGAUGAGCUGCGCAGUCAUGAAACUCCUGAUGCAGAUACUCGCCGCAGAGUGGAUACCUGUAAUGCGGUUUCGCAGAAGAUCAUAAGGCUAACUCAAGAAAAAUUAGCAGCAGAAGAAGACGAAGAACUUUCUGAGAUAUUAGUUCACUGGAGUGAUAAAGGAUCAUCAUUCAAUUCUGCGACCUCUCAAAGAUCCAAGAGUUCAAAUAGCAGGCAAUCAAGAAGCUCAAGUAAGUUGUCUGUAAAGAGGCAAGAAGCAGCUGCAGAGCUUGCGGCUACUGAAGCAACUCUGAAGAUCAUGGAGGAAAUGGAAAGUGAAAGAAAGGCACUUGAAGUCCUUGAAGCAGAGAAUGCUGAGAAACAGAAGGCCUUAGAGCAAAAGCGAAGAGAGCUUGAAAGGCUAGAAACAGUAAAGAAAAUGAAUGCUGCUAAAGCACGUCUGAAAGUGUACAAUGAGGAAGGAAACUCAGAUGAAGAAAUAUCAGACAUUCUGCACGAAAGGAGUAAACGGAGAAAUGUCACAUCCAAACCGAAUAAUCAGUUUGCACAUUUGCAACUUAAUGCAAAUGCAGAGCCGUUUGAUAUGCCACAAGCCAACUCAAGGGCACAAACAAGAGAAAGCAAACAUGAAGAUAGUACCAUAACAUUGGCCCAAGCUCUAGCUGAGUCCAUUCACAUAAGUCGCCUGCCAGUACCAGAACCUACAGUCUUCAACGGAGAUCCUCUCAAGUACAAUGAUUGGAAAUUGUCGUUUCAAAUGCUGAUAGACAGAAAGAACAUCCCAGUGAAUGAAAAGAUUUACUAUCUUCGCAAGUAUGUUGGAGGACCGGCGCGAAAGGCUGUUGAGAGUUAUUUUCUGUUGGGAACAGAGCAUGCUUAUUACUCAGCAUGGAAUAUUUUGGAGGAAAGAUACGGAAGUUCAUUUGUAAUCACCAAAGCUUUCAGAGAUAAGUUGACAUCAUGGCCAAGGAUUGGUAACAAGGAUAGCAUUGAACUUCGAGAAUUUUCAGAUUUCCUCAGAGGAUGUGAAGCGGCCAUGCUUCAGGUUAAAGGUCUUGAAGUUUUGAACGACUGCCAUGAGAAUCAGAGAAUGCUAAGCAAGCUACCUGAUUGGUUGUCAGCAAGAUGGAAUCGAAAGGUCAUUGAAAUUGAAGAGCAAGAUGGUUCUUUUCCAACAUUUAACCACUUUGUUGACUUCAUUGCGAGAGAGGCCAAGAUUGCGUGCAAUCCAGUAACAUCGCUUCAUGCACUCAAAGCAGGUGACUCAGAGAAAAUGAAAUCAUCCAAGACAAGAAGUGUUGGAGUAAAGGUGCUAGUGAGUGCUGCAGAAGAGACGUCCAACACAAAAAAAUGUGUGUUUUGUGAAAACUCAAAUCAUAGCAUUCACACAUGUAGGAAGUUUAUGGACAAGGUCUUGAGUGAAAGAGUCAAGUUUGUGCAAACCAGGGGACUGUGCUUUGGAUGUCUAGGCUUUGGACACCAAUCCAAGAAAUGUGAAAAGAGAAAGAUGUGUGACACAUGUAAAGGGAAACACCCGACAUGUUUACAUGAAGAACGAGACAAAUCCUCAAGGAAAAGGAAAGAGGAAGAAAGUGACAAGGAACCACAAAUGAAAGAGAGUAGAGAAACCAAACCCAAGGAAGCACCAAGUGAAGCAAUAUCAAACCGUGUGAUUCAAAGUGACAGAAGUAAUCUCACAUCUACAAUCAUUCCAGUUUGGUUAUCCACAAUAAGCAAUCCUGAACAUGAGAUUCUUCUCUAUGCUCUUCUUGACAGCCAAAGUGACACGACAUUCGUCUUGGAAGAAAAGGCAGAAGCUCUAGAUGCAGAGAAGACAUGUGUGCAGUUAAAGCUCUCGACAAUGUCUUCUAAAGAUACUUUAGUACCAAGUCAACGGUUGUUUGGAUUACAGGUCAGAGGUUUCUAUUCUUCAAGGAGAAUUCCGCUUCCUGUGACAUACACAAGAGAGUUUAUUCCUGCGAAUUUGAGUCAUAUUCCCACACAAAGGACAGCAAGAGCGUGGCCACACUUAGAGCACCUGGCUGAAGAAAUCGCUCCACUGAUUGAAUGUGAAGUAGGCCUGCUCAUUGGUUACAAUUGCUCACAAGUGUUGGUACCCAGAGAAGUUGUGGCAGGAGAAGAUAAUGAACCUUUUGCCCAAAGAACAGACCUUGGCUGGACAAUAGUAGGAGGAACUAAUCCAUGUGUUGACUAUGGGGAUGCCAUAGGAUGUAGCCACAAAAUCAUUGUCAAGGAAGUGACACCUAAUCAGUCAGCUAAGCAGUUGGUCAAAGAAGUGCGAUACAUCUGUCGCACACAAGUCAAAGAGGUGGUCACAUCCGCAGAUGUAAUUAAGGUGCUCGAGUCCGAUUUCAAUGAAAGAAAGGUGGAAGACUCACACUUCUCUCAAGAAGAUUUGAGGUUCAUCUCCAUAUUGGAAGAAGGAGUGAAGAUGAAAUCAGAUGGACACUGUGAGUUACCUUUGCCAUUUAAGCAAGACAGACCAAGUCUGGCAAACAACCGGAGUUGUGCUGAACACAGACUCAAAUAUUUGAAAAGAAGAUUUGAGAAGGACAAGCAAUACCACAAAGACUACACAGAGUUCAUGAGAGAGACUAUAGAGCGUGGUGAUGCUGAAAGAGUUCCCUCUGUAGACCUGGACAAAAGCCCUGCCUGGUACAUUCCACACCAUGGGGUGUAUCAUCCACAAAAUCCUGGCAAGAUAAGAGUGGUGUUUGAUUGUUCAGCAAAGUACGAGGGAGCUUCCUUGAACGACUACUUGCUUACAGGGCCAGAGUUAACCAACUCUCUGAUGGGGGUCCUGUGUCGAUUUCGGAAAGGUCCAGUUGCAGUGAUGUGCGACAUUGAGCGCAUGUUCCAUCAAUUCAGAGUCAGAGAAGAAGAUCAAGAUUACUUUCGCUUCUUGUGGUGGGACAACGGAGACUUCAACUCUACUCCAUCUGUUUAUCGCAUGCGCGUACACCUGUUUGGAGCUGCUUCUUCCCCUGCCUGUGCAAACUUUGGUCUCAAGUAUAUUGCUGCACAAGGUCAAGGCAAGUUCAGUGAAGCUACCAUAAGGUUCAUUGAGAGAAAUUUUUAUGUGGACGAUGGUCUUAUCAGUUUCCACUCAGAAGAUGAGGCAAUUCAUUUGGUGAAGGAAGCAAAGGAACUUUGCAGCACAGGAGGCUUGCGACUUCAUAAGUUCGUUUCAAACAGUAAGCAAGUACUUCAUUCGCUGCCGGAAGAAGAUUGUGCAGAUACAGUGAGAAAAGACUUGUCACUGGGCGAGCAACAAAUUGAAAGAGCCCUAGGUGUCAAAUGGUGCAUUGACUCGGAUCAUUUCCAGUUUCGAGUAGUUGUGAAUGAGCAGCCACUUUCCAGAAGAGGAGUGUUGUCCACAGUAGCCUCCAUUUACGAUCCACUUGGCUUUGUGGCACCUUUUGUUCUACUUGGGAAGCAGAUACUACAGCAGAUGUGUCGUGAGAAAGCAGAUUGGGACGAACCACUCGCAAGCGAUCUGAAGUCACGGUGGGAGUGCUGGUUGUUGGAUCUAAAAAAUCUAGCAGAUGUCAAGAUUGACAGAUGUUACCUGCCCAGAGAUUUUCAAACAGUUCAGAAGUACGAGCUUCACCAUUUCUCAGACGCAAGUGUUUCAGGGUAUGGUGUUUGUACGUACCUGAGAGCUGUCAGUGAAGCUGGACAAGUCCACUGCUCUCUUGUCUUUGCCAAGUCCAGAGUAGCACCCACGAAGGUUACUACGGUUCCAAGAUUAGAGCUGUCUGCAGCAGUUGUAGCAGUGCGGAUUAGGGACAUGCUCAAAGCAGAGUUGGAGCUCGAAGAUGCUCAAGAAUCCUUCUGGACAGAUUCUCAAGUUGUCUUGGGAUAUAUCAACAAUGAUGCAAGACGUUUCCAUGUUUUCGUUGCAAAUCGCAUUCAGCGUAUUAAGGAAAGCACUCAACCGAUGCAAUGGAAGUUUGUGGCAUCAGAUCUUAAUCCAGCUGACCAUGCGUCGCGCGGACUGAAGGCCAAAGACCUCAUUGCCUCCAACUGGUUCAGCGGUCCAAGUUUUCUUUGGCAAGAGAAACUUCCCCUCGAAGAAGUCAAGGUGGGUAAACUUGAUGCAGAGGAUCCAGAAGUACGCAAAGCUGGUGUACUCCAUACAACUACGGAAACAGAUUCUUUGGCAGAACGUUUUCGGAAAUUCUCCAGUUGGUCAAGGUUGGUUAAAGCUAUGGCAAGACUUCUCAGAUUUGUGAAAGAGUUAAAGGGCUUGGAAAGGAGAAGCAAUAAAGCCACUAACCUUGAAGAAAGGAAAGAGGCCGAGCUUAAAAUCAUAUCCAUUGUACAAGGAUCAGUCUUUUGCAAGGAAAUCAAAGCACUUCAAAUGCAAAAGGAUCUACCCAAGGACAGAACAAAUGGACUCUAUCGACUCGAUCCCUUCCUGGAUGAGAAGGAUGUUCUUAGAGUUGGAGGUAGAUUAGAGCGUUCUACUUUGGAGCCACAUGUCAAGCACCCAGUCAUCUUACCAAAGACUUGCCAUAUCGCAAAGUUACUGAUUGAUCACUAUCAUCAGCGGGUGAAACAUCAAGGACGGGGCAUGACGAUGAAUGAGCUGAGAUCAAAUGGAAUAUGGAUACUAGGAUGCAGUCAAGCAGUAUCAUCCUUUAUCCACAACUGUAUUAAGUGCAGGAAAUUCAGACGUCGAACAGAAGAACAAAAGAUGGCAAACCUACCAAGUGAGAGAAUGGAGACAACUCCUCCCUUCACGUAUUGUGGGAUGGAUUGUUUCGGCCCGUACUACAUUAAAGAAGGAAGAAAAGAACUGAAGCGUUACGGGCUUCUGUUUACCUGUCUAUGCUCUCGUGCAGUGCACAUAGAGCUACUCGAUGACAUGUCAACCGACGCUUUUCUAAACUCACUGCGUUCUUUCAUCGCUUUGCGUGGGAAUGUACGUCAGUUGCAGUCCGAUCAUGGCACCAAUUUUGUUGGAGCCAGACGUGAGUUUCUGGAAGCAGUAAAGGAAAUGGAUCAGGAAAGUCUGAAACAGCUAGGCUGCGAGUUUGUGAUGAAUCCUCCCUCUGCCAGUCAUAUGGGUGGAGCCUGGGAAAGGCAAAUUCGUACGAUCCGAAGUGUAUUGACAACCAUUCUGGAUCAGUCAUCCAGAUCAUUGGACAGUUCAUCACUAAGAACCUAUCUUUAUGAAGUGAUGGCGAUAGUUAACAGCAGACCUAUUACUCCACAUCUACUCAACGAUCCUACUGGACCUCAGCCACUUACACCUAAUCUUCUGUUGACCAUGAAGUCGUCAGUAAUACUGCCACCACCAGGAGACUUUGUAAAGGAAGAUUUGUAUCUUCGCAAAAGAUGGCGUAGAGUCCAGUACUUGGCCAAUGAGUUUUGGCACAGAUGGAAGAAAGAGUACUUAUUGAGCCUACAACAAAGACAAAAGUGGCACAAAACAAACAGAAAUGCGAAGGUCAAUGACAUAGUGAUCGUACAAGAUGACCAAGCAUCGAGAAACGACUGGAAGUUGGCCAAAGUUGUUGCCAUACACCCGAGUGAAGAUGGAUGUAUACGCAAAGUACAACUGUUAAUGAGUGACUCAUUGCUAGAUGAUCAUGGAAAGAGACUGAGUAAACCAGUUCUACUUGACAGACCUAUACACAAAACUGUGACAUUGUUAGAAGCAGAUUAGUGUACAUUUCAUAAGUUCAUGGGUAAAAUCACAAGUGAUUGGUGGGAGUGUAGCUGCCGUCAAAGGCAACUCUAGCAUUUAAGUUCAUUUUAUUGGAUUUAAUGUUGAAACAAUUAGUAGUUCAAAGAUUGAGAAAUAAUAUUUCAAUAGUAAUUCAUAUUCUGUUCAUUAGAUUUAUAUGUUUAAAUGUGUAUUUGUGUUAACUGUGCAAUUAGAUGGGAACCUUUUCUAUAGUUCCAUCCAUUGUUGCUAAGGGGGCAUUUUUCUUGGCACACUCAGCAAGCAAUUAAGAGACGAGCCACGAGGUUGUACGUCUGCAGUAAGUUAAAUAAAGAGUGCCUUUUUUGGACUACCUCACGGUGUACGGAUUAAAGUUUAUUCCCUUUGAGUGAGGCCAAUGAGUUCUGACGGCAUUGUAUCGGCUGUGGUUGGACAUCAUUACAUGUUAAGACAUGUCGAAGAAUCCUCCUGUCCGAAAUAAAUGUCAGUAAAAACCAAA